UGUUUCGGUUUUUGUAUUUAUUUUUAUUGUGGAUUGUUUUUUCAUACGUAGAAGACGUGCUACCGUGAUCUGUGGUAACCGCGAAAAAAAAAUUGUUUUUGAGUUCCAACUAAAAAUAAAAACUGCCCUCAUUCUUGGAAUACGUGAGAUAAUACAAAUGAUGUGAUACACUGAUAGUGUCUUGUGAUAAGAAAAAAAAACAAAGGUUAUUGUAAUUGUUUAGAAGAAAUCAUCGAUUUGUAAUGAGACCUAACGCCGAGAAACCAACACAUGACGGUUUGAUUCGCAUUCAAAAUGAAAUCAGUGAAGUUGAGAAGCGAGAGAAUGAAUUGAAGAAAGAACAUGCCAGCGUUCUGCCAUCUAGCCGAACGAACAGCCUCAAUGGUGAUGUUUCGGAAACAUCAAGUUCACCUGAGCCAAGCUCAACUCCACCUGUUGUUACCAUUGACAGUAAAGAUCAUUUCAAGAAAAACAAGAUUAUCGAGCCACAACCGAAACCACAAUAUUUACCAGUCCCGGGUCUUACACGCGCUCUGACAUCGCCACAACUCUUUCAAGUGUCACCAAUGAAGAAAUUCAACCUCAACAACACACCACAUCGAGGAAUUAUGGAAAAAUUUAUUGCGUCACGUGGGAAACUAAUUGGCAAUCAACCAGCCCAAAACAAUUUCAAGAAAAAUUUGAUGAUGUCACCAAUUGAAUUUAACAGCGGAGGCAUUAAAGCAUUUUCUAUUGUUGAGAAGCCCACAAUCGAGCGCGACAUCAAAGGUCGACCAGUUAGAAAGGGUUACAUCCCAGUGGAGGAGAAAAUUCAAAGUGAAUUAAGGGAUUUGAAGAAUCGUGAAUGUGAAUUGAAAAAGUUGCACAAGCUUAAUGGCAUUCGUGAUUCUGAUGAUGAUUUUAACAGUUCCGAUGAUUUGGACAGCGAUUGGAGUCCGUUGAAUGGAAAAUUAUCAAAAUCAAUUGAUGCUCUCAACAGCAAUUCUAGUCUGUCGCCAAGUCCUGAAACCCAAAGACCAGUACCACAACCACGCACUGGUGUCAUUCGGCCUGCUGUUUCAUUGGCUCAACUUUGUGAUUUAGACGAGUCUGAGACUCCAUCAUCGCAUAAGUUGAUUGAAAGAUGGGAAAGCAUCAUUCAAGAGAAUUUACAAAGAGAAAAGUCGCACAACUUACAUUAAAAAUCUUCUUUAAAGUCAUUUCAAAUCAAAUUAAGCGACGACACUGAAAAAUGUUCAUCUUAUUACAACUUGUCGGACGUUCUUUGAAUUUCGAUUUCUUCUUUUCUAUUUAUUAAUUAAUUAAUGUAUUUUUUUUUGUUUCAAAGAAUACAAAAUGAGAGAAAUGUUUGAAA